UGCAGGCCCGCCGAUUCCGAAACGUCGAAGAUUUCUCCCAAAGGCGAGGAGCUGAGGAGUGCUUUGUUUUGGAUUCUCGUGCAGAUGCUAAACCGGCGAGAGCGUCGCAGGAAUCGUAAACUUCGAAGGAUCUGUUGAUGUUCGGAUUUCCUCGCGAGCCUGCGUCUAUGGCACUUGAUGCUACCAAGAAGGGGCUGCUGCGAUGGGAGCUGAUGAAUAUGAGCGAUGAUAGGAUUCGUCAUGGCCCGUAUCUGUCAUACUAACUAUUGCCCCGUUGGUGUUGCUAGCCAGGGGGAAGAGUUGCGUGCUCGAUUUCCCGGAGUGAGGGGCCUGCUCGCUCAUCUUGGCUCUGAAAAGCUCAACGACGUCAUUGGAAGAGUCUGUGGACGUAUUGCAGGCUCCAUUGCCAAAGCUUACGGCGGCCACAGCUCAGGCCAAUCCUUCGAGUGUCUCUUGACUCCUGGGAUGAACAUCAGGCUUAUUGGAGAAUCUAAUGACUACGUUGGCAAGGGAAUGGCUGGCGGGGAGCUAGCUAUUAUUCCACCCGAGAUGACCGGCUUCGUGCCUGAGGACGCCACGAUAAUACAUGCCUCUACGGAGCUACUGGAAGCCAGUUCUGUGCACGCGGAAAGGCUGGUGAACGAUUUGCCGUUCGAAACAGCAGCACGGAGGCUGUUGUCUCUUGAAGCAAAUACGUCUUCCGUCUUUCGUGUUCUCUAAUGUUUCAGUGUGGGCGCUGGUAUGACCGGUGGCUGGCAUAUUUCCUGGACGAAGAUGACACAGUCUCCCCAAAGGUUUUAAAAGGUAAUGGAUCCUCGUUUUUUUCCUCGUUUUUUCGUCUUGCUACGCAGGGCAAGUCUGGGAGCAGCAGAGCAAUCCAAGGUCUCCAAAACUGGGACGCUUUUCUUCCGAAGUUCUGUUCCGCCCAGCGAGGAAGGCACGCGACAGAAGGAACGAAGUGGUAUGUUUAUCUCCAUAUCAGCUGAAGAUGAUGCAGCUGGCUCGUGAAUCUGGGCCAAAGGCUUGUCAGACGAAGGAGCAAAGGAUAGUUUAGGAAUGGCGGCGCCGAAAAUCACGAAAGGUGUCGAAGCUUCUCCACAAAGCAGUCCAUGAGAGCGUAUACGCUGUAUAUCAAGUGCACCUGAGUUACCGACCUGUAAAAGCGUACAGGAUGAUUUUCUUCAACUUCUUAACUUGAUUUGUAGGUUCUUCGGGAUCUGAGCAUUCCACUGUCAAGAAUUGUGCCUCACUUAUUUCUCACGAUGGUGUUGCGAAGGCUAAUGCAGAGGUGCAUUCUAUUGUUGUUUUAUAACGGUGGAAUCAAUCAGCAUGCCGGAUUACGGAGGUUCCAUGGA